AUGAUCCCAGCAUGUUUCAGCAAUCCCAGCACACCCUCAAGUACCUCUCAAGUACCUCAGAAUCUCAUCACUUGUAUCUACCAAACUCAACUCUGCAACUCACCCACCUAUCUCACCCUCACUUGGUCGAAAACUCCCUUCUCUCACUCCCUAACCAUCUACGCAGCUGAUUCUUUCUCCAUCACUAUCUCUUUAUACCCAUCAACCUUUUCCUUCUUUAGAAACAAACCAGGCUCCAAAUCCAUCUACUUGACCCACCACCAUUACCAAAGAAUCAAGCUUUACUGGGACUUCACUCGAGCUGAGUUCACUCACAACUCGGCCGAGCCCGAAACUUGCUUCUACGUUGCCAUUUCCUGCAAUGCAAGAUUUGAAUUCUUUCUUGGUGAUCUUUGCUCCGAGUUGACUCGGAGGUCCGGGCUGGUCUUGGCUCGCCAACUCGGUCAGGAGCCGGCUCUGUUGUCUCGGAGGGAGCAUGUGUUUGGACGCAAGAGUUAUGUGUCCAGGGCUAAUUUCUUGGGGUCCAUCCAUGAAAUUGGAAUAGAGUGUAGCGGGGGCAUGCUUGUAGUAAAGGUUGAUGGCGAAAUGAGUCUUGUUAUUAAAAGGCUGGCAUGGAAAUUUAGAGGAAAUGAAAGAAUCUAUGUUGGCGGGCUUGAAGUUGAUUUCUUUUGGGAUGUGUUCAAUUGGGUCAACAACGACAACAACAACAGCAGCAAUUACAGUAGUCUUGGCGGUGCUAAUGGUCAUGGUGUGUUUAUUUUUCAAGUUGGUGAUGGUGGUGUAUGGCCUGAAAUGGUUGGUCCAGAGAAGAGAUUGAUGAGGAAGAGUAUGUCCAUGGUGGGGCCCGCGUCGGCUCCGCCGGCAAUGUCGUUGUCAUCUCCUUCUCCGUCGUGCUCUAGCGUGUUGCAAUGGGCGGAGGAGAGUAGUGAUUGUGGAAGAAGUUCGUGUUCUUCAUCUACUACUAGGUCAUGUGGGAGCAAUAUUGGGGGGUUCUCUUUGUUGUUGUAUGCUUGGAGGAAGGACUGA